ACCUAUAUGGAACUAUUUCGAAGCUGGAACUCCAACACAAACAAACCCAACUUGCCAAUAUCCGACAAAACCUGACAGAUGCCCGGUGCAGAUUGAAAGAUCUUCUCACGAAACGAUACUACCACUCACUACAACACUCCAAGAACUUUUUCUAUAUCCAUGCUAACAAAGGAGGCAAAUACCUCGCCCGCAUCCUGAAAGGUGAUGUCCCCCGCACACGGAUACAUAAAAUACGUCUACAAUCAGGGAAAGUGUCCCAAUUUCCUGAGGACAUCGCCAAUGAAUUCCAACGAUAUUACCACGCCCUGUAUAAUCUGUCUGGCCCUGAAGACACGCCGGUGGGACACCACGCCAACACACUUAUUCAAGACUACCUACAUGACAACGUAGGAAGACGUGUAUCCCUGGAAGCGGCGAAUACGCUGGAUGAACCAAUUAGCAUUGAGGAAAUGGCCGCAGCCUUGAAGAGUGCUAAGGCGG